AUGAUUGAUGCUGCCACGGUUGCAGUACAUUGGCACGACGAUAAUCAGCCCAUAUAUACUGCUGAUUUUCAACCGUCAUUAUCCACAGAAUCCCCGAGAUUAGCUACUGGUGGUGGGGACAACAAUGUGCGAAUUUGGAGAGUUACAACACCCAAGGACGUGUUAGAUGCUAGUUCGACAACUGUACAAUAUCUUUCAACGUUAAGAAAGCACUCUCAAGCGGUAAAUGUUGUACGAUUUGACCCUUCUGGUUUUCGUUUAGCCACUGCUAGUGAUGAUGGUUUGAUCAUUAUCUGGGUGCUAGCAGAUGAGAUCAUACAAGAUUUUGGCAACCCUGACGAUGAAUUGAAAGAAAGUUGGAGAGUUGAAAAGCUAUUUAAUACCAAUUCUGAGGUUUACGACCUCACAUGGUCACCAGACUCGAAGUAUAUUGCCACGGGCUCUAUGGACAAUUCUGUUCGUGUCUUUGAUGUCCAUUCUGGAUCGAAAGUAAUAGACCUUAUGAAUCAUAAUCACUAUGUUCAAGGGAUUUCAUGGGAUCCGAAGAACGAAUACUUAGCCACGCAGAGUGCCGACAGAUCCCUUCAUGUCUAUCGGUUGACAGCGGGUAAGACAGGCUCUGGGCCGAGUGGCAGUAAGCAUUGUUCUAGUAGUAACCAGCAAAUCAUUCCGACAUUAGUACAAAAUAUUGCAAAGUUAGAAUUGCCCAUCACUAACGGGCAGCUACUUCAGAGGUCGCCACAUGAUGAAUUGACCUCCACCAUGCCGCAUAGGAGAGACUCUCUUGUUUUACAUCCACUGAGCGAAUGCAAUGAACAACCUUAUACUCAAUUUGUCACACCUUCUUCUAAGGUGUCCAGUUGCCAACCAAAGAUCGCAAGCCUUUAUCAUUCUGAGUCUUUGCAAUCUUUUUUCAGACGGUUGGCAUUCUCACCGGACGGUAGUCUCUUGCUUACGCCCCUGGGCAUUCUAAAGAAAGGUGAGACAUCUGAAGAUGAUGAAGCCACUGAAUCUUUUCAGAACACAGUGUAUAUCUAUACACGUGCUGGUUUUGAUCAUCCUCCCAUAUGCUAUAUCACAGGCUUCACUAAGCCGACCGUCGCAGUGAAGUUUAGUCCAGCAUUGUACAAAUUGGAUUCGACUGUGCAGCAAUCGAUGUUUGCGCUACCGUAUAAAAUGAUAUUUGCCGUUGCUACACAAAAUUCAGUGCUCAUAUUCGACACACAACAGGGUAAACCUCUUAGUUUACUGAAGAAUUUGCACUAUUCAACCAUCACCGACCUCACCUGGUCUGGAGAUGGACGCAGUCUUAUAGUUACAUCGGCGGAAGGCUUUUGUUCCGUUAUACUCAUAACUGAGAGACUAGGGAUACCUAUAUCCCAGCAAGGUAAACAGAUUUUUACAGAAGAAGCAACACUGGAACCGUUGUCAUCGAUUGAUUCUGGGCAGUCCAAGAAGUCAAUCCCUGACCCGACCGAGCAGUCUUCUCUCGCAUUCGACGAACCCAAUGACUCCUCCGAGCAAUUCCCCGAGGUGCGUGCCCUUGAAAAGAAUCCUCUGAAGACGCAAGCUUCUUCCUUGACUAUCACAAUUUAUGGAGCCACCACUCAGAGAAAUUCGAUCGGACCCCAUCGCCCUGGAGUCCGUCACGCCCUUGGAUACAACAAGAGAAGCAAUGAAGAAAAGACGUAUUCAACCUACACAAGUAUCUUCUAA